UGGUUUAGUUGUUAAUCAUUGCAAUAAGAGUAAACUAUGCUUCUUUACCUUUUUUUUUGUUUAUCUCUUGCUCUUUCUCUGUCAUUUUUAUCAAAUAGUAGAGGCGCUAAAAGGUAAUUCAAAGGUAUUUGUUAAUUGAUUAGAUUAAAAAAUUAGAUUAAAAUUAAAUUGAAGAGUGACUGAUUAAACGCCUCUAGCUUGGGACCGCCAACCUCGUUUACCAUUGAAUGGAGAGUUGUCUUGCUACUCUUUUAUUUUUACUCUAUUUUCCUUGUUUUUUAAAGUUCAACUCUACUGAGUUUAUCUACAUUUUCUGAACUUUUUCUCAGUCUUUUUCUUCAUUUGGUGAUUAAUCUUGUGACUUGUUAUAACAACAUUUGGACAAUAUUAUUUAUUUUGGUUUAACCAACUUUGGCUACACUUUUCAACUCUUAUGUGAUAUCGUCUGUUUGCCUUUGUGAUUUUACUUCUGUUUUUUUGGGUUACACUUUUCUGGUUCUUGGUUGUUGGUUUAAUCAUUAAUGAUUGCUGAUGUUUCAUCUUUUGUUUUUGAUUUACAACAUCAUGUCAACAUGACAAUUUAUGUGUGUGAAUCUAUACCAUGAGUUGUUACAAUUAUCCAACUGGACCAUCAUCUACAGUUACAUCUGGUGCAACAACAACUACACCGCAAAGGAUUAAUUACAACAAUGCUAGUAAUGUGAAUGGUGGUGGUGGCAGUGGUGUCAAUUUGACCAACACUUUAACCGGUAAUGCCAAUUCGGUUUACAAUAGUUUUGAUGUUAAUAAUAUAUCCUCAUCUAAUCAACUUGGUUUAACCAAUCCGGUUAGAAGUUCUUCUCGUCAUUCUCACCGGUCAACCCGAACUGAUCGUUCAUAUCAUGUUCCAACCAUGUCUAGUGGUUCAGGACUUAUUGUUAGCCAGAGUAUCAAUGGUGGCAUUGCCAAUGGUUUAAUAUCUUCAGGUUCACCUUAUGAUGGUUUAAUUCAAAAUACAGAUGAUAGGCUUUCAAUUAAAUUAAAUUCAACUUUAACCCGAUCAGGUUUUGGUGGAACACCGAGUGGAAGUGGUUUAAAUUUAACUGGAUCCAAUCAAUUUCAACAACAACAACCACAACACCCUGCUCACCGUGUAAACUCAUCAAAUCAUCUUUCUCACAGCCAACCUCAUCACAAUAAUCAUUCGUCAUCACAUCAUCCAGUCUCACUUGCCGGUCAACAAUCUUCCUCUUCCCGUCAUCGUCAUCAUUACCUUUCCCAUCACAAUCAAAACCAUCAUCAUACCGAUGAAUCAAUUGAAGUGUCCAUAAUGCCUGGUGAUGAUCCCUGGGCUGAUAAUACAACAGCCAUAACCGGUAACACCUCGGACCGUUCAGUGUCCAUAGAUGUUGAUCUCAAUAAACUUGGUAAACCAGGUUACAAUUUAUCUGUAACAAAUUCAUUUCGCAAUUCUAGUGUUCAUCAUAACCUCAACAAUGGUGACUCUUCAAACAAUUUAUGGAACUCUUCCGAUUGGUCGACAAAAUGCUCAAUCUGGUGUGGACCAUUUACCCUUGGACUAUUAUCUUUAUGUGCCUUUAUAUCGCCCCUUGUGAUGGUAAUUUUACCUCAAAUAGAAACCUUGGAGUGGAAGGUUAAGGAAUGUGGACCCGAAUGUGAUGGCACCCUAAUCAGUUGUCUAUUUAAAUUGGCUCUUCUCUCAAUUUUAUCCUACAUUACCUUCUUCUCCUCGCCCCGAUCAUCCUUACCACGGAUAGAUGUUUACCGUGCCCUACUCAUGACUCUACUCACCUUUCUCAUGGUAGCUUAUUGGGUGUUUUAUAUUGAAAAAAUUUGGGAUCGUCGUUUCUCCGACUAUGAACUAACCUAUCAAUCUAUCGUACAAUUUUCAGUUUCCAUUGUAGAUGUACUCUUGUGGAUACACUUUGCCGCUGUUGUAAUGCUCAAAAUAAAACCAAAUGAAUCUGUGUUUAUAGUUAAAGUUACCCGAUCACCAGAUGGUGAAGCAAGAUCAUACACUUUGGGUGAACUAUCAAUUCAACGAGCUGCCGUUGUUGUCCUAGAAAAGUAUUACACUGACUUUACCAUUUACAAUCCCUACCUUGAACUGGCUCCACGUCGGGUUCGAGGUAAAUCUCUUCGUGGCAUCAACAGUCUAGGGCCAAGGUCUACGUUGAAAUUUUAUGACAUUGAUGGCAUCAGUUCCAAUGCCAAUGGUAUGAUUGGCAAUGGAGGAAUCACUGGUGAACAUCAGGUUAAUGGCAAUGAAUCUGUUGUCGGUGCUCCAAUUGGACCUGGUGGCAAUACAAUUGGAUUACCAGGAAGUUUAAUUUUAGGAACUCAUCAAAAAUCGUCCACUCUUCAAUCAGCCAAUGGAAAUGGUAAUGAGCCUGAAAGAUUUGAUGAGAUUAAUAAUUUGGAGGAAAGAGGUUCUCGUGUUGGUGGACGAUCUGUUCGUAAUGUUCGCGACAACUCUUCUAGUCAUCAUCACCAUCACCAUCAUCAUUCUCACAAUGAAAGAUUUUAUGAAGAGCACGAGUAUGAACGUCGAGUUCGUAAGCGUAAAGCUCGUCUUUUAUCAGCAACAGAAGAUGCCUUUACUCACAUUAAACGGAUACGUGCCGAUGAACCAUGUCCAGUUUCAUCUCCAAUUGAUCCCAAAGAAGCAUCUCAAGCAAUAUUUCCUGCCAUGGCCCGAUCUCUUCAAAAGUUUUUACGAGUGACGAGGCAACAGCCACGACAUACGGUCGAAUCCAUUGUUGACCAUUUGGCCACCUGUUUAACUUACGAUCUUUCACCGAAAGCUUUUCUUGAAACCUUUUUCAACCCUCGUCCAGUCAUAUCAUGUUCAACUGAAUGUAAACCCAUUCAAACCUGGGGCUUGGUUUCAGACGUUUUACUCACUCGAACCAUCGAGUCGGGCACAAUUUUCAUGCUUAGACAAAACGAUGUUUCCCUUUUGGUUACCGUAACAUCGAUUCCUCAUUUAAACAUUACCGAAGAAAUUAUCGAUCCAAAAUGUAAUAAAUUUGUAUUCAAAAUGAACUCUGAAACUUCAGUUUAAGCUGAAACAUGUUUCACCAUUUAAAUAAUCUUUAAAUCUUGCUGAAUAUUUACCGGCAUCAAAAUCAUUAUUUAAUGAAAAUAUUAAAAAACACAUUUACAAAACCUU